AGCAGGACUCGCAUCACAUCGCAGCGCAGCCUGUUUUACUCCGAUACCUGCAGCCUGUGAUGUAUUUAUUUAUACACAUUAUUUUGUCUUCCCCCUGACAGUGAGAGGGCGUAUCCGCUUUGAGAGGGAGGCUGAGCGAGUACAGCGUGAGUGCAAAGAGUGGGAGGGCUGGUUGGAAACACGGGAUGAAAACAGUGGAGAGCCACGCCGCCCACUAAACAAGCCGAAGCGCGUACCAACAAUUUCGCAACCAUCUCUUCUUCUUCUGCUGCUGCUGCUGGUGCCCUGCUUAAAUGUACAGAGGAGCGGUGGAGAGCAGACAUCCGCUGUCAUACAUCAGGCAGACAGAGGAACUAACAAAAGGACAAAACCCCAAAAGGCAUACAGCUUGAUGGUGCAAAGAGAGGAGGAAGAGAAGAUCAGUGAUAACGGAAAGUUUAGAAGAAGGGCACAUAAAAGAAAAAAUAAACACAGGAGUCUGACGACGCUGCGAUCCUUUUGGACCUGAUUUAUUUAUGCUUUGGGCACCACGACUGAUCGGAAUAACUUGGAAUCUGCUUCUGUCUGGAUGAAGGGCCAUGUUGCCCCCAAAGGGCCGUAACAUCGCUGUGAAGUCGUGAACGGAACCAGCUCUGCUUUCCCUCCUGCGUUUCUUCUAGAGCCAAUUAAAUUGUGAUUGCCCUCUUGUGAAAAUACUUUUUCCUGGAAAUGGAGACUCUUUCCCAGGAUUCGAUGCUUGAGUGUCAGAUCUGCUUUAACUACUACAGCCCCCGACGGCGACCCAAACUCCUGGAUUGCCGACACACUUGCUGUUCGGUGUGUUUGACCCAAAUGCGUAGCAGCCAGAAGGAGAUCCGCUGCCCAUGGUGUCGUGGCGUCACCAAGCUCCCACCGGGCCUGUCCGUGUCUCACCUCCCGGAUGACCCAGACAUCAUCACCGUCAUCGCCAUCCCUCACACCUCUGAGCACACGCCUGUCUUUAUUCGCCUCCCCAGCAAUGGCUGCUACAUGCUGCCCAUCGCUAAAGACCGGGCACUGGGCCUGCCAGGGGAGCUGGGAUGUCGCUUCUUACCCGGCAGCCAGCAGAAGGGGGUGACAGUGGUGACUGUGCCCGAGGAGCAGCCACUGGGUCUGGCUAUGGGUCUGGAGGGUGUAGGUUUGGAGGGAAGUGAGGGAGAGAGGAGGGUUACUGGUCCAGUGGGAGGAGCAGGAAAGGGCUCCACAUGGUCUGGAGUGUGCACAGUGAUCCUGGUGGCGUGUGUGCUGCUCUUCCUCCUGGGAAUCGUGCUGCACAACAUGUCCUGCAUCUCCAAACGCUUCACUGUUAUUUCCUGCGGCUGAGGGAGGCCGCUGCGGACCCCCCUCAGGAUUCCCUCCCACUAGCCUCUCCUCAGGGUGGGACUCUGUUAAGGAGAGGGAACUAAACUCACAUCGAGGGCAUUAAAGGAAACUACAGUGCAGUGUAGAGAGACAGUGAUGAUGAUAAAGAAGAAGAGGGCAGGAAGGAGAGCCACAAACUGGUCUAAUGUUGUGUUUUGUUUUGUUUUUUUUAAUCCUUGAAAUGGAAAUAUGCAUUUAAACCCCUCACUCUCCUCUCAUUGGACAGCACUCUGCUGGCGUUGAAACACCCACCCUUCUCCAUUCCUUCCAUUUUCCCUGAAAGAACGCUUUGGGAAUCCCUCCAGAUACGUUUCUGGCCGGCGGAUUUGUUUUUGGCUGGAAGCUGUGCUGACACUCACACUCGCUGUGGUUGGAUUGCGCGUUUAGUCUGUGGUUUGUAGAAGUGCAUCAUCAUAGAGUUGUUUAGAUGAAUGCCGGCUCCGAGUGCGAAGUCUCCAGCUGGUGCUGCAGUACAGGGAGUCCGGACUUGGCCGCUCACCAUUCCCUGAUGUUGCAGGAAUUAACUGUGCAGGAUUUUCUUCUGCCUGCUCCGGCCCAAAUAUUCUGGGGAGCUGAAAUCAAUUUUCUUUUUCUCUUUUUGUCAUAAACACAACCUGUGCAGAACAAACUGUUGCUGUGAUGAUAGUUCCACAUAGUUAGUAAAGGCUGCGUUGUCAAAAAUAUGGAUUGUAAUAUUCAUACAUACCAGCUGAAAUACAAACACAGGUAGUACAGAGUUGCGUUAUUAGGGCUUUAUGAAAUAAACAAUGUUAAAUGAAUUGAUUGUCAUUGGUUCCAGCGUCUCAUAUAUCAGGUUUUUCUGUCUUAUAUUACUGUACGAUAAAUAUUCUUGUACUUUGACCUGUUGUUUGCACACAAAAAACAAUCUAAAGCUGUCACUUAGGUGCGUCAGUUAACUCAUAAUUGACAGAGACUUGGCAUAAGCAAUUUAAUGAAGAAAUUAAGACCUUGAAUUGGAAUUCAUUUAAAUGAAAAUGAUGAGCAUUUGGAGGAAUAAUUUAGCUUCACUUCAGGCAAUUGGAUGAGAAGUUCAGCAUCACCUCCUUACCUGUCUUGUAGCUAUAGAGAAGGGAUAUCUUUGCCAGUUAAACACGUUGCACUGACUUGAGAGCAUCAGAACUUCUCUUUGAAGGGAGCUAGGCUAACGCUUUCCCCUUGUGUUUGUGUAACUAGCUAGCAAGUUAGCUUUCAAAAUAAAGCUCUAAAAAAUAAAACAUUUGAACAUCAAGUUGUGACAUUUACAAACAUGAAUAUAGAGCUUACCUGCGAGGGCAUAUUUGCUAACUUUAAAGUUAACUUAAGUUUAAUAGUUAAUGAAUAUUCAACACAUUUUCCCCUCUUUAUUAGCUGAUCGACUAGCUUUUUACAUAUCUACCUUGUUAAAAAAAAUCACAACUUGAUAUUUUCCCUUUUUUUUUUCUUUUUUUUUUCUUUUUUUUUUUCAAAUCCCAAAACAUGUUACUGUAAUCUGAGAACUUUGGAUAUAUUAAAAAAGAAAUCACAUAUUUGAACUUUGAAGCCAGCCUAGCUAGUUUCCCCAUUUGUCUAGCUAAGCUGAGCUCCAGCUGUGAAUGGACAGAUACAGUGAUGCUGAUCCAUCUCAUCAAAUUCUUUGCAAGGAAGCCAACAAGCUCAUAAAAAUUAUAAAAUUUGAUAGACGUUUUCAAAAUGGCAGCAUUUUUCUUUCUGUUUUAUUAUUUUCAGUUUUUAUGUUAUUGAUGUUUAUUCACAUAAUUGAAUUUGUUCAUUUGCUUUUUCACCUGACCCGCCUCAUACUGACUUGAUCCUCUAAAGCCAGAUCCUCCAGGCCUUCGCCAGCAGCCCACAUGCCAUCUUCCUCCACCUUCUCAUCUUCCCCUUAAUUCUGAAACUGCUUUGUAUAUGGGCUGAACUGUAAAACAAUGAGUUUAUGUAUGUGAGUAACAAGUCAGGAGUGGGAGGCCGCUGUAAGGUUACUGUUAAUGAGGGCUGUAUUGAUUUAUCUGCUUUUGAAUAUUUCACUGCAGAGGUGGAUGUUUCCGGAGUCAUUUUAUUCCCACUUUUGUAUGUUGAGGCAAGCAUUUUGUCUGCUUACUGUAAAUCAGUAGAUGUACAGUACACAUAAACAGGGUAAACGCUUUUGUACAGCAGUCUCAUCAUGUACAGAAUGAUUGUAAUUGUCAUUUUUGAUCAUUUCCUUUUUCUUUGACAUAUUUUAGCCUUUUUUGUGUGUUUGAGCUUAAAUAAACAUGAGUUAUUCAGGGCACUCAGAUUUGUUUCAACACACCAAUGAUAAAACAUGAGAAAAAUAAUGUUUAAUAUAAUACUCACGGUUUAUUUGAGACACCUAAACUAUAAAAUGACUUUUACCCUGAAAAACAAACUAGAAGAAAUAUUAUUUGAUUUAUACUCAAUAUUUAUUUGGUUGGAUUCAUAUCAACAUGAUUUUAUCGACUGCCGCCAAAGUAAGAAUUCCAAACUGUUCAAAGUAAAUAAAUUUGGAGAUUAAAUCUAAAGCGUGCUUCAGAUAUUUUGCCUUUCAGCUCUGCGACACUCUCCUGAAAAGGCGUUCAGGGUGCAGCGGGGGCAGCUGUUUGUUUUGCAGAUGCAGGGAUAGAUGGAGUUAAGUUCAGCCGAAAUGGUUUGUGUCGUGCUGGUUGCUACGAAACAGCGCUGAAGGCCCUUUUGAAGUUGCUCAAAGUUGAAAUAUUUUUAGCUCCUAGCACUCUGUGUUCUAUAUGCUCUAAAGAACUUUCUAAUUUCUCAACACUUGGGGUUGAAGUGGGGUUUUUGGGGGAUAGCUUCCUCCAAGAUAAAAGUUGGAUUUUAUUUGUUCCUGUUAGUUGGAGAUAAUGGCUCAUUAUUGCUUAAUAAACAUUAAUAAAUGUUAUUAAUUUCUUAAAAUGUCAUCAUUACCUUUAAAUCAUCAAAAAGAUCCUCUAAUGGACCUUGCAACCCAAAGCCAUUAUUACUAUUAACAUUUAAAUACGCCCAUAUCUCGAUGCCUAAUGUAGAAUUACAGCAUUUCUACUGGGAACUUGAGUCAAAAUGUCAGUUUAAAGCAUUACAAGUAUGUCAUGCACAGUUUUAUUACCAUAAUGUGGCAUGACUGCUACUUUUAAUCCACAAGAGCAGUGCUGAAGGGGGCAAGUGGAGGAUGUGCUCUUAAAGACCAGCUUAACCCAUAUGGGUUUAUUCAGCCAUGCUUCAUAAGGUCAAAUAUAUCUGCUAAUUUUUUUUUUUGUAUCUAUGUCUUAAAUAUCUGUGGAAUCUUUGGGCUUAAAAAAGAUGAAAACAAAAAAUAUCCAACUCAGUCAACCUGUUGUCAAGUACUACACACUUAGUACACACUUAGAACUGGAGUUAGUAUGUUUCUAGCUGAACGUUUUUGAAUACCAGUGUCCACCCUAAGCCCUGUAAUGACUGACCUCUCAGCGUUCACCUGUCUGAGGAGUCCUUGGUUACUCGCGAGGGCUCAAAAUGGUAUCAGUAGGAAUAUGACAGCUUCACAUGGGUUAUAGAAAACUAAGGGUAUUACUUUAAGUCAAGAACUUAAAGGACCAACUCUCUCACUGGAACAUCUUAUAGGCUUUUGUCUUAAAGUGGAGAAGGGGAAAACAUGGUUGCUUCUCCCAUACUUGCUUACCCUUGUUUUUCAGUAACCUUAUAGUUAACAUCAUUGCACUUUGAACUGUGGGUAAAUUUAAGCAAGACAUAUGUGCAUUCAUUCUGGUGCAGUUGGUGUAGGAACAAUAACCAGUCUUCACAAGACAAGCUAACAGAGGACUGUUACCAACUUUUAUGAUGAACUUUACAUCAAAGUGCACAAACUACCAUGUUGCUCUUUCAGUGAUAUUGUUCGGUUAACACUGUUGAUGCCUGGAAUGUGCGUAAUGCCCCUCAAUAUCCAUGAAUCUGUGAAAUGGACAUUUGAAUUGAGCUGUAGUUAUACAACGAGUUGGAUAGGGUUGUCAAAGGUCAUCAACCCAGCAGCAGGCCCAGUUUUGUGGAUGGGGGGCAUUUUUGGAGUCCCACAUAAUGACCUCCAGGAGGUUACUCAAGUGCAUGUUUCUAACUAAACAGUCUGAAACAGACUAUGGGGGUGGCAUGAGGACCUGACAUCUUUAGUGGGAGCUGUGCUCAGACCCUAGCACCGUUCACCUCAAUCGUCAUUCAGCUCAUUCACACUGAGCACAUGUGACAAACGUGAAAGAGUCUGGAGAUGCCGUGGUAUGUUAUUUCCUUAGGGUUGCUUUUUUAGCAAUUAAAGUUUAUUCUGAAAAACAAAAAACAGACCAACUUGAAUUGAUUGACAAAUUGAUUUAUAAACAAUCAAUCUGUAUACAUAUCAACCAUAGAUGAUGGCAAACAAAGACUUGUAGCAUCGUACAGAACCUGUAGUAGGCAUAUAAAUAAGACCUCAGAUCCAGUAGGGUCCAUCGAGUGUUUGGUGACCAUUAGCUUUUGAUCUGCUACAAACGCCAUAGCUCUAAAUGUGAUGCCUACAUGUAAUAGUUUCACUAUCCAGACUAAGAACAUUAGUUUUAGUCAUAAGCUAUUAUGAAUAAACUGGAAGAAUAUAAAUUUAAAACACCAAAUAAAACCAAUAUAAACUGUGAAAAUAUGCCCUUGAUGGUUUUCAGUGCAUUCGAGGUAUGGCCAAGAUCUAUGUUACAGUUUAGUGAGCAAUGGGCCGCCAUGAACAAGACCUCAAAAGCAGAAAAAACAGGUUAAUGAAAAACGAGCCCGUCUUUUUCUUUUGCCACCUUGGAGAAAGUCUUGUUCCUGCCAUUAUACAACCAUUUCAUCUCUUCAUUCUCCCUCCAUCGACUGAAAGAGAAACCAAAUCACAUCACUGAAUCUCCUUCUUAUUCUCAGUGUUAAUUGUUUUGUUUCUGUUCCAAUCAAAAUUUGCCCUGUACUUCCUGUUUUCUUUCUUUUUUAAAAAAAAACAAACAAAAAAACAAAGCAAAAACAGAAACUUAAGGACAGAAGUGUAGAGGGAGGCUUGUCAUUUCUGUGCCUGUGUGUUUGUACAAUGCCGUGAAGUUCCUGUUGUAGUUUCCUGUGUGUGUCAGCUCUGAUGAUGGCUGACAAAGCAAGCAGCAGCUGUUUUUAGUGAAAUAUUAAAGCAAACACUGAAUCUAA